CAGUGUCGCCUGUUUAUUAAAGCCACACACUGAUGAUUCGGGGCUUAGUCCUGCCCCAGGAGCUGGGGAAGCACCACGGGAGCUGGGGAAGGACCAACUCUUGAACACCCACUUGGAGUUGUAAAGCAGCGAAGGAAGCAAACUGUACCAGCCCCUUCACCCUCCUCCAGCACUCAAGGAAGGUUCAACUCUGGCUCCAUUGAUCCAGCACAAUGAUCUGGAUACUUCAAGUAUUAUUCUCACCGCUCCCAACACCAGCAUUGAUUAGUCUUAUUGUAUUUGGAUCUGUCAUCUUCCUGUGGGUAGUAAGCAGGCCAAAACCUGUUUUGCCUCCUGUUGACUUGAACAAGCAGUCAGUAGGAAUUGAGGGAGGAGCCAGAAGAAGUGCACUCUUGACAGAUAAUAACCUGCUUUCUUAUUACUUUGAAGAUGGUAAAACCUUGUAUGAAGCUUUACAGAGAGGACUAUAUGUUUCUGGAAAUGGUAACUGUCUAGGCUACAGAAAACCCAAGCAACCUUAUCAGUGGCUGACAUACAAACAGGUUUUAGACAGAACUCAAUACUUGGGAUCAGGGCUUCUGCAAAAAGGAUGCCAACCAUCAACAAACCAAUUUAUUGGCAUUUUUGCUCAGAAUAGGCCAGAGUGGACCAUUUCAGAGUAUGCCUGCUACACCUACUCAAUGGUUGCUGUUCCACUCUAUGACACUCUAGGGGCAGAGGCCAUUGUAUAUAUUGUUAACAAAGCUGACAUAAGUGUAGUGAUCUGUGACACACCCCAGAAGGCACAGGUCUUGCUUGAGAACUGUGAGCAAAAAAAGACCCCACAUCUGAAGAUGAUUGUUCUCAUGGAUCUCUUUGAUAAAGAGCUCAAGGACAGAGGAGACAAAGCGGGAAUUGAAAUUCUAUCACUGCAGGAGGUUGAGGAGCUGGGAAAAAACAACAUCAGACAACCAGUUCCUCCUAAGCCUGAUGAUCUUGCUGUUGUGUGUUUUACAAGUGGAACCACAGGUGACCCUAAAGGAGCCAUGCUGACACACCGAAAUGUUGUUUCAAAUGCUGCUUCCUUCCUUAGAUGCACAGAGGGCACAAUUGAGUGUACAAGUUCAGAUAUCGCCAUUUCCUAUCUUCCCUUGGCUCACAUGUUUGAGAGAGUUGUACAGGCCGUGAUGUACAGCUGUGGAGCAAAAGUAGGCUUCUUCCAAGGAGACAUCAAGCUGCUAACAGAUGACAUGAAAACCUUGAAGCCAACGAUGUUUCCAGUUGUACCAAGACUGCUGAAUAGAGUAUAUGACAAGAUACAGAGUGGUGCAAACAGCCCAGUGAAACGUUGCCUGCUAAACGUGGCUGCGACUAUGAAGAUGGCUGAAUUAAAACAGGGCAUCAUUCGAAAUGACAGCAUUUGGGAUAAGCUAGUCUUCAAAAAAGUUCAGGAGACCAUGGGAGGAAGAGUGCGUAUAAUGGUAACAGGCGCAGCCCCCAUAUCUCCCUCUGUCCUGGCGUUUCUGAGAGUAGCAUUAGGCUGUCAGAUCUUUGAAGCUUAUGGCCAGACUGAAUGCUCAGCUGGAUGCACUUUCUCAAUGCCUGGAGACUGGACAACAGGCCAUGUUGGAACCCCUCUGGCUUGUAAUAUUGUAAAACUAGAUGAUGUGGAAGAAAUGAGCUACUUCUCUUCUAACAAUGAAGGCGAGGUCUGCAUUAAAGGACCAAAUGUGUUCAAGGGUUAUCUGAAAGACCCUGAGAAGACAGCAGAAGCACUUGACAAAGAUGGCUGGCUCCACACUGGAGACAUAGGGAAGUGGUUGCCAAAUGGAACGCUGAAGAUCAUCGACAGGAAGAAGAAUAUAUUUAAACUUGCACAAGGAGAAUACAUUGCUCCAGAGAAGAUAGAAAAUGUCUAUGUUGGAAGUGGUCCUGUAGCCCAGGUCUUUGUACAUGGGGAAAGCCUGAGGUCUUUUCUAAUAGGUGUAGUGGUUCCUGAUCCGGAGACGCUUCCAGAAUUUGCAGCAAAACUGGGAGUAAAAGGUUCCUACGAAGACCUCUGCAAAAAUCCUGCAGUGAAGAAAGCUAUUUUAGAAGAUAUGAUCAAACUGGGGAGACAGGCUGGCCUUAAAUCCUUUGAACAAGUUAAAGAUCUGUACAUUCACACAGAGAUGUUCACUGUAGAAAAUGGACUCUUGACACCAACAAUGAAGGCAAAGCGACCAGAGCUUGUUAAAGUCUUCCAGGACCAGAUUGAGGCCCUCUAUUCAUCUGCACAGGAAUAAGUGGUCAGUUUAAUUUAAACUGCAUGGAGUAUCCAAAUAAAUCUGUGACACUACGUGACCUAUGGAGAACACAGGCAUACAGUGGAGGGGAGCAUGGAGAACUCAAAUUUAUUUGUUUCUGGUAUUCUGGAAAAAUGACUUUUGGAUGAAGAUGGAUAUAGCAUAACUGACAACUGACAGUGUCACAUCCUGCAGGACUAAGAACUGGCUGUCUAGGCCAAGCCAGAACUUUAAUCUUCCUUGGGCUGUGACUGAAGUACAAAAACAUGCAAGAGCCUCAGACUUUAAAAGACAGCUGUAUGCACUUCUCAUUGUCAAAAGCAAAUCUUGUUUUCCUGCUCAAACUAUGAACUCCAUUGUGACCUGUUGUGGAUUGAUCUGCAAUCAGACUGAACACGAUAUGAAUUGAAGAUAACAUCUGUUCAGCAAAUACAGAAGUGAAUUUCCUGUUCCUAGCCCUGGACCACAUGGUACAGGUUGCUUCUAAUGAAAAUAAGUAAUUUGGCAUCAACUGGUUUACAAAGGACAUGCGGCUACAGCAAACAUAGUUUAUACUCUAGUAUGGGAGGCACUGGAUCAGUUUUUGCACGUUUUCAAAUGAAAUGGCAGUGUUAAAGAUUUUUCACUUUUCAAUUUGAGCCUAGGAAAACUUUUGCUGUCAAUCCUAAGGAUAUAGGUUGCAAUAAAUUGUAACUGCACAAUCAAACUAAA